AUUUCGCUUCAUUAUCACGCGGAAGAAGUGUUUCCCCUUCACCGAGCCGGGGUUGUCCUCGGGUGACACAGUUUAAAAAACAAGGUAUUUGUAAAAUAAACUCCUCACGGUCUCUAGAAACACACGAGGGAAGACAACGCGAGGGAAAUGGUGGCGUCUUUGAUACGCGACGUCCUUUUUUCAUUUCCUGCCACUUCAGCAUGGAGACAACGCUGACGGUAUUCGCCAAACCUCCUUGCACCGUCUGGUCUGAACCGGUUCAUGAAGUGCGCGAUCUCGUGCGCACUGCAGACUGACUCCACGCAAAGUACUCCGCGCGCCCUCGCCAGUCUCCGCCCUCGCCUACGCCUUCCGCGUGCUGUUUGGACAAUGGGGACGUUCAUGAGUUGCGAUUGGUUCGCGCCCCUCCAAGCCUUUUUAUUGUGGGGCAGGUCCCGUUAACCGUCCACGGGCACGCGGAGAAAUGGAGUUGUAAACCAAUCGUGUGCACUUUUCAGCACCAACACCUCGUGGACAGCAGCCAAACGGAGACGGUGGUCGAUGAUGUGUGUUCGCUAAGUUUAUUGUCAUAAACUGAAGACGGACUGCUGCGGUCACUGGGAAACUUUACUGCGAGUUUCGAGUCCGCGAGAGGAGCACACAGCGGCGCAGCUCGCGCUUUGUCCGCCCCAGUGGGCACGCUGAGCCAAGAACUGCUCCUCGCUUGAUAGAGGCAAGUUUUUUUGUGGUCGAUAUCUUUUUUUGUGUGUGUGUGACUCGCCUGUGUCGAAUUGGCGCGGCCUGGCUUCGUCUAACAGCAGAGGAUUAGAUGGCUGCAAAGGAAGGCAAACAAAUGUGAUAAGGAGCAUUAGCUAUCCUCGCCGGCUCGGCCCAGACAACGGUUGAGUCGUGGUCGCGUUUCUAGCCACAUCGCAGCCUGCACGCACCGCUAGCCGCCGAGGUCUCCAUUGUGUGAGCAUCUCUUGUGCUAUCGCUGCAGCCGCCCGACCAGAGCCCCGGAUCCCGCGCUGCCAUCACGCACCGGCCCCCCCUUUUCCUCACAGCGACACCCGUUGUGUCUCUAGCCUUUCUGAAUCCACGCAGCCAAAACAAAAUGUGUUCUCGGGUUUGGUUCGUGACCGACCGGCGCAUCAGCCAGGAGUAUCCACAAGUUCAGAUCCUGCGGGCAUUGAAGGAGCGCUGCGCCGAGGAGGAUGUUGAAUUCCGCUCACUUCUCAUGGAUCAAAUUGUAUUGACGAUCACCGAGGGACAAUUGGGUCUGCGAGUGGAACAGGAAUUGGUGACAUCCUAUCCACAGGUGGUGGUGGUGCGGGUGCCCACUCCCUGGGUGCAGUCAGAUAGUGACAUCACUGUGCUUCGCCACUUGGAGAAAAUGGGCUGUCGACUGAUCAACCGACCCCAGGCUAUACUCAACUGUGUUAAUAAGUUCUGGACCUUUCAGGAAUUGGCUGGCCACGGGGUGCCUCUUCCCGACACUUUCUCCUACGGAGGGCACGACAACUUCCGUAAGAUGAUUGACGAGGCCGAGCCACUCGGCUACCCGGUUGUGGUGAAGAACGCACGUGGCCACAGAGGAAAGGCAGUGUUCCUAGCACGGGACAAACACCACCUGACAGACCUGUGCCACUUGAUCCGCCAUGACACGCCCUACCUGUUUCAGGAGUAUGUGAAGGAGUCGCACGGCCGCGACGUGCGGGUGGUCCUGGUGGGCGGCCGCGUCAUCGGCUCCAUGCUACGCUGCUCCACUGACGGUCGCAUGCAGAGCAACUGCUCCCUGGGUGGUGUGGGUAUGAUGUGUCCACUGAGUGAACAGGGAAAGCAGCUGGCCAUAGAGGUGUCUAAUAUCCUUGGCAUGGAUGUGUGUGGGAUUGACCUCCUGCAACUCAACGACGGCUCAUUUGUGGUCUGCGAGGCCAACGCCAACGUGGGCUUCAUCGCUUUCGACCAGGCCUGCGGCAUGGACGUGGCGGGCAUCGUCGCCGACUUUGCCCUGUCGAUGCUCCCCAGCCGCCUCACCCGCAAGAUGUCCUUGCUGUCUGUCGUGUCAAGCACCAGUGAGACCAGCAGUGAGCCUGAGGUGUGCGCGGUGCCGUCUGGCGGUGGCUCGCUGCCCGAGGCCGUCUGCAACAUGAGCGUGGGCUCUACUUCCAGUGAGAGUGACCCGGAGCUGGCCGAGCCCUCCCAGUCGUCGCCACGCCAGUCCACCGCGCCCACCUUGGCUGACCUGCCGGACCUCCCCGAUCCAGCCUACAACUUCAACACCCUCCUCGCCAACGAGAUCAAGUUAUUGACUGAGUGAGAUUCAAGCGGCUUCAUGCACACACUGACACCACACACACACACACACACAUCACAACACGCUUACCCACACGUAUGUAUGUAUGGCAACAUUCCUUAACACAUAUCAGUCCAAAAACGAUACAAACACAGGAUGUCAAAUGCAAAGCUAGAAACAGAGUGAAACCGAACAUACAACAGAAACACAAACAAACUAGAACACAAGCCUUUUCCUGCUUACUCCUUUCAACAAAAGCAAAGAUCUGAGGCUGCUCCCCUGACUCUCCUGCCUUUGCACCUCUACUCCCAAACUGCAAACCUCAAACCAUAGCUCACUCUGCAGCACGGUGGCGUGAUAAUAGUACACAACACGAGUGCUUACCGACUCUUCUAGUUUUGUGUUUUUGGAAAACAAUGAGGGUAAAGGUGUUUGAAUAUAAUGGGAAACAUUUCUUGUGUUGAUAUCCUCAAAAACAAAACAUUAUUUAACAGAGAACAGGGAAUUGCUGUUGAUAGAAACAAAGGGUUUUGUGGUGAGGCUGUUUGUCAGAGUUUGGCGGAUUAGAGGCGAAAUGAGAAGGUGGUUAGCUUAAGCACAUCCUUGUGCAAGGCAUAUCCUGUACCAGUCCCUCCAGGAAUUUGCAAUGUUGUGAUCACAGCAAUUAAUGCCAAUUCCACCAAUUACCGAGUCCCUUUUCUGCAGGUUUGUCCAAUCACCAUAGUUUUCUGCAAGGCAAAUCACUGUGACAGAGGUUGUUCAUCAUUUGUCAUUGGUCAGUCUUUUUCCAAAUGAUGUGUUUGGACCAAAAAGUGGGUUGAGCUGCAGACACUGUGUCAUCACAACUGGGGACUUUACUGUGCGCCUCUGCCUCCACCUCUUGGCAAAAAUCCAGCUUGACUGAGAACAGUAUUUUCUAAUGAGCGGGGAACUUAGUCAGUGAAAACAGUGAAACUGUGACUUUACGCUGCUACUGCUCACGGAGGGGGAGACAGACAGACAGACAGACAGAGUGCAGUUAAUAGAGCUACAUACAGAGCAGGAAUGAACUUAGUCCGGUGAAUCAGACACUUCACAUACUUUUCUGAUUGUUAGCAGUUGAAUUUUGAUGUAAAAAUAGACACAAAGUGAGACAGACUGCUGUGAGCGAGUGUCUCACACGCACAAAGGCUGCAAAUCUCAGACACAGCAGCUCAGUCAGGACUGUGAUGAUCCUAAUUCACGAUCAACAUCACCCAUGUCAACAUCAUUUUAACUAACUGUACUUCCAUUCUGACUUCGUAGGUCGCUUAGACAGCCUGUUGUUAGCCUUUAAUUUCACAUUAUGUGUGG